UUCCAGUCUCUGAUGAGGACUCUGAUGCAAUGGUGGAUGAUCCCAAUGACGAGGAUUUUGUUCCUUUUCGUACCCGACGCUCAACCCGCAUGUCUUUACGCACCCAGAUGGCGCAGCGAGCUGCCCGCUCUACUGUCAGCAAGAUGACUUGUGCCAACUGCCGAACCCCACUGCAGAAGGGCCAAACUGCCUACCAGCGUAAAGGGCUCCCUCAACUCUUCUGCUCCAGCUCCUGUCUCACCACCUUCUCAAAAAAACCGCCUGGCAAGAAGAUAUGCACCUUCUGUAAAAAGGAGAUCUGGAACACCAAGGACUCUGUGGUUGCCCAGAUUGGUUCAGGUGGAUCUUUCCAUGAAUUCUGCACCUCUGUUUGCCUCUCCCUCUAUGAAGCCCAGCAGCACAGACCAGCACCUCAGUCUGCAGAUGCCUCAGACAUCAGCCGCUGUAGUGUCUGCCACAAACCUGGCGAGAUCCAGCACGAGGUCAGCAAUGGAAGUGUGGUUCACCGCAUCUGCAGUGAUGCCUGUUUCACCAAGUUCCGGGCCACCAAGGGGCUGAAAACCAACUGCUGUGACAACUGUGGACUUUACAUCUACAACAAGGGCUUGCCCCUGGAGUACCUCUUCCAUGAAGGCCAGCAAAAACGGUUCUGCAAUUCUGCCUGUCUCAACAGUUACAAGAAGAAGAACACCCGGGUCUACCCAUGCAUGUGGUGCAAGACACUGUGCAAGAACUUCGAUAUGCUGCCCAACGUGGAUCGCAAUGGCAAGAUGGGCCUGUUCUGCUCCAUUUGCUGCACUACCUCCCACAAAGUGAAGCAGUCAGGCUUGGUUGGUCCCUCUAGACCCUGCAGCUUCUGCAGAAAGAGUUUGUCUGAACCCUGCUAUUACAACAAGACAGACCGUGUUGUCUACCAGUUCUGCAGCCCCAGCUGCUGGACCAAAUUCCAGCGCACCAGCCCGGAAGGUGGGAUCCACCUCAACUGCCAUUACUGCCACAAUCUUUUCAGCGGGAAGCCAGAGAUCCUAGACUGGCAGGACAAGGUGUAUCAGUUCUGCUGCAAGGACUGCUGCGAGGACUUCAAGCGGCUGCGCGGGGUGGUGUCUCAGUGUGAGCACUGCAAGCAGGAGAAGCUGCUGCAUGAGAAGAUCCGGUUCUCGGGAGUGGAGAAGAACUUCUGCAGCGAAGGGUGUGUGCUUCUUUACAAACAGGAUUUCACCAAGAACCUGGGCCUGUGCUGCAUCACCUGCACCUACUGUUCUCAGACCUGCCAGCGGGCGGUCACCGAGCAGCUGGAGGGCAGCACCUGGGACUUCUGUAGUGAAGACUGCAAAAGCAAAUACUUGCUCUGGUACUUCAAGGCAGCUCGGUGCCAUGCCUGCAAGCGUCAGGGGAAGCUGCUGGAAACCAUCCACUGGCGGGGGCAAAUCAAACACUUCUGCAACCAGCAGUGUCUGCUGCGAUUUUACAAUCAACAGAACCAGCCCAACCUGGACACGCAGAAGGGGCCCGAGAGACUGCUUGACAGUCAGACUUCAGAGCCAAAACCACCUGCCCCUUCCUCACAGAAGGCAGAGACUAACAUGCUGUCAGCAAAGACCUCAGCCCGGAUGUCUGCAUCUGCACCCCCUCCACCUCCAGUUCCAGCCACCCCUCGGAAAAACAAAGCUGCCAUGUGUAAACCACUGAUGCAGAACCGGGGUGUUUCCUGCAAGAUAGAAAUGAAGUCCAAAGGAUGUCAGACAGAGGCUGAUUGGAAGCCCCAGGUGAUUGUGUUGCCAAUCCCCGUCCCAAUCUUCGUACCUGUGCCUAUGCAUAUGUACUGCCAGAAAGUACCUGUGCCUUUCUCCAUGCCUGUCCCGGUGCCUGUGCCAAUGUUCCUGCCCACCACGCUGGAGAGCACAGAUAAGAUUGUGGAAACCAUUGAGGAGCUGAAGGUGAAGAUCCCUUCCAAUCCCCUGGAGGCUGACAUCCUGGCCAUGGCCGAGAUGAUUGCAGAGGCUGAGGAACUAGACAAGGCCUCCUCAGACCUGUGUGACCUGGUGAGUAACCAGAGUGCCGAGGGUCUCCUGGAGGACUGUGAUCUUUUUGGACCAGCACGGGAUGAUGUGUUGGCUAUGGCUGUCAAGAUGGCAAAUGUCCUCGAUGAGCCAGGCCAGGACCUGGAGGCUGACUUCCCUAAGAACCCUCUAGACAUCAACCCCAGUGUGGACUUCCUCUUCGACUGUGGGCUGGUGGGAGCAGAUGAUGUGUCCACAGAGCAAGAUCUGCCUCGUGCUGUCCGGAAGGGGCAGAAGCGGCUGGUGCUCUCUGAAAGCUGUUCCCGGGACUCAAUGAGCAGCCAGCCCAGCUGCACAGUGCUGAACUACUCCUACGGUGUGAAUGCCUGGAAGUCCUGGGUGCAAGCCAAGUAUGCAGGAGGAGAGACCAGCAAAGGAGAGGAGCUACGCUUCGGCCCCAAGCCCAUGAGGAUCAAGGAAGACAUCUUGGCCUGCACAGCAGCUGAACUCAACUAUGGCCUGGCCCAGUUUGUCAAGGAGAUAACACGGCCCAAUGGGGAGCGCUAUGAACCAGACAGCAUCUAUUACCUCUGCCUUGGCAUCCAGCAGUACCUGCUCGAGAACAAUCGUAUGGUGAAUAUAUUUACAGACCUUUACUACCUGACCUUUGUGCAGGAGUUGAACAAGUCCCUGAGCGGCUGGCAACCCACCAUCCUACCAAAUAACACAGUUUUCUCACGUGUUGAGGAAGAGCACCUCUGGGAGUGCAAGCAGCUGGGUGUUUACUCACCUUUUGUGCUCCUCAACACCCUCAUGUUCUUCAACACCAAGUUCUUUGGGCUGCAGACAGCGGAGGAGCACAUGCAGCUCUCCUUCACCAACGUGGUGCGCCAGUCCCGCAAGUGCACCACGGCCCGCGGCGUCACAAAGGUCGUGAGCAUCCGCUACUACACUUCUGCCAAGCAGAAGAAAGGCCGAGAUGGGAGCUCUGGAAAGCGGAAGCGUGAGGAAGAGAUACCAAUGCUGGAGCAGAGGGAGAACAGGAUGAAUCCACUCCGAUGUCCAGUCAAGUUCUAUGAGUUUUAUCUCUCCAAAUGUCCUGAGAGUCUGCGGAACCGCAACGACGUCUUCUACCUGCAGCCCGAGCGGUCCUGCAUCGCCGAGUCCCCGCUCUGGUACUCGCGCAUCCUGGCUGUCAGGGAGAUCUACGAAGAGCACAGUCGGCUCAGUGGCCUGGAGGAGAACAUGGACUGA